AUGGUGUCAGGCAUCUUGGUUAUGGGUCUGGUGGCACCUCUGUCUCCUAGUUGGUCUGUCUCUGGAUCUGCUUUGAAACAGUGUAAGCUGAUCAGAGUCAGAACAACUGUAGUCCUUCUUCCCUCCCACUGUCCAGAGCCACAUGUUUUGUAUGAACAUCAGUGUUCAUCUGGCUCCUGUGGUGAGCUGACUCAGGGAUUUAAACUAGCUCAAAACUACGAGGAUGGUCAUAAUGAUGAUGCAGAACUGGUUUUGCAGAAAUACAUUGGAUCCGUAUCUUCCCAGCACUUUUCUGUACCUUAUUCCAAGUGGAGCUCAACUCAGACUCCUAUGAGUGUCCCUUAUAUUUUCGAAAAUAAUACCAGCUCUUAUGACACCAAACCUUUCAGAAUGGCAAGCUCAAAAAGAAUUUUUCCGCAAGUCCCUUGGUUAGAAGAAAGAUUGUACAAGCUACCUGGAAGACCAUUUCCUGUACAGUUCAUCCCUACAUCUCCUGGGAAGGCUGUCAGAAGUUGUAAGACUUACAUCUACUCAUCUCCACUGUAUACUGUGGAGCAAGAAGAGAGAAUAAGUGUAACUGAGUUGUUGUCCAAGAUUGACUCAAUGAGUAGAGCUUUGCAGAAUGAGAAAAAUGAGAACUUUUCAUCUCUCAGUCUUGGUGUAAGGAAAUGGAAGGCUGCAAAAGACAACGGAUACCAAAACAAUCAGGUUUUGAGAUUUAUGAUAGAUUUCCAAGCCACCAAAAUGAAGAGAGCUGUGUCUAGUGUUAAGUCAGAAAGGAGGAAAAGCAGUGACAAACACCUGCACCUUCAAAUUCAGAAGAAAGUAAAGAAAAAUGGAACUCACUUGAAAGUCUUUGAAGCUUUUCAUGAUAGCAGAACGCAUCCUAGCAGUAGAGAAGUACUUAAAGCAGUCAUUUGCAUUCAAAGAUAUGUGCGAGGAUGGCUUGAACGCAGGGCAUUCAAGAGAAUAAAGAUCAAGGCUACAAGUCACGGACUGUCCCUACCAGCAGUUGUAAGAUACUACCGUAAAAUGAUGGCCCGCAUUAAAUGUCGAGCUGGUGUUUUGGAUCUAUCCGUACCACUUCAGUAUUUUGAAUUGGAGGAGUGGAUGGACAAGAAAAAAUUUUAUGAAACAAUGUUUGCCAAGAGACAGUUCAACGAAGAGAUGGACAGAAAUGACCCGCCUGGAUUUUUCAAGGACUGUGGAUAUUUUAUACCCGCCAGUGGAAUACAGCGUGUCUUCCAGAUGGUCUGCCCAACUUCCACUGCUCCUUUAAGAAGCAUCAAGAAGCAUCAAGCAAUUGAGAUGGCUUUCACAUUAUUUCCUCCCCUUGGUGCAAAUGUGAAGACCAUAAUUACUGUGACGUCACCAUGGGUGCACCCAGUAAUGGAUGGAAAAGAGGGAUCCAAGAAUUCAGGGGCAGAUGCUGAGGUGGUGUGAGAUGAUUUUCAAUGAGGUCAGUAAGCCUGUCUCUAUUUACAACCAGCUGUUGAUCCUGCAUUUUCAAGACCAUAUAACUGAGCGCACAAUUCUUAUGUUCAGAACCUAAUCUGAGAAGCUGAAGAGGAUGCUCAGCAUCUGUGCAGCACAUAGGACAAUUCGCCCAGGCGGCCCAUUGCCUCGUGUCUGGAUUAGAGCGUCAACAGUUUCUGCUUGGGUGGAGACAGGUAUAAAAGCCAACAACAACACAGCGUGCAUGUUUUAUGUCGAAUAGAAAGAACUGCUCCAGGGAAUUGUUGGCCUCAAACUCCACAGACUUCAUCCCCGACUGGCACAAGACACAUCACAAUUCUGGAAACUGCGUAACCAGCAGGGAUUCACUAUGCACACAGCACGCUUACCUAGCCCCCAGGAACAGCUGAGCCAAGAGAGAGAAGGACUAAAGCAACCCUUGUGCCGUGCAGUCACGACCGAGACGCCGACAUACUGUUUGGAGCAAUGGAGCGGAACAAGCGACGCAGAAGAAGGAAUCCUGGAGGAGCAUAAAAACUGUAAGAAGUCAUUGCACUUGGUUUGAGAAAAGAUAUUUCAAAGAUUGAGAUGCAGUGAAACUCAUCGAUAAAUAACAGUACUGAAGGCGAAUAUGUGCACCUUUGAACUCACCUUGAUUUCUUUCCCCGAGGACAUAUGUGCUGCAUGGAGCCUGGGAUAGAUACUAUGUCUUGGACUGAGAUGUAUCCAUCGAGAACAAAGCAAAUGACUUAAGUAUUCCCCCUCAAUACGUUUGUUUUUUCUUUCUUUUUGGCUAAGCGCAUUCUCUUGGCUGAACUGCAUACAUACACUUCUAAGGAAGGGUAAUAAAGAGAUAAUUUGGACAAGC